CGGGGCGUCGCCGCCCGGCGCCUUCAAAGCAGGCGGCGGUGCCGGCGAGGGCGCUGUUGCCGUCCCGUCCCGUCCCGUCCCGUCUCGUCUCGUCCCGACCCGAGCCGUGCCGUGCCGCCCCGAGGCCGGAGCCAUGCUGCACUGGGGCUACGACGAGCACAACGGGCCUGCCCACUGGAAGGAGGUUUUUCCUGUCGCUAAUGGAGACCGUCAGUCACCCAUCGACAUCAAAACUGAGGAAACCAAGUAUGAUCCCUCUCUCCGUCCUUUAAAUCCCAAUUACGACCCGGCGUCUGCUAAAAUCAUCCUCAACAACGGGCACUCCACCAGUGUUGAGUUUGAUGACACCGUAAACAAAUCAGUGCUGACCGGGGGGCCACUCAGCGGGACCUACAGGCUGCGCCAGAUUCAUUUCCACUGGGGGUCCAACGACGAAGCCGGCUCUGAGCACGCGGUGGACGGGAUGAAAUAUGCAGCAGAGCUUCAUGUGGUUCACUGGAACGCAGAAAAAUAUUCCAGUUUUGUUGAGGCAGCUCGUCAGUCAGAUGGAUUGGCAGUCAUGGCUGUAUUUCUGAAGAUUGGUGAAUGCAACCCUCAGCUGAAGAAGAUUACUGACCGCCUGGACACCAUCAGAAUCAAGGGUAAAAGAGCACUAUUCACAAACUUCGAUCCUAGCUGUCUGCUUCCCAAAUCCCUGGACUACUGGACUUACUUUGGCUCUCUCACUGUUCCACCUCUUCUUGAAAGUGUCAUCUGGAUUGUUCUGAGAGAGCCCAUAAGUGUUUGUUCCGAACAGCUGGCCAAAUUCCGCAGCCUGCUGAGCACUGCUGAAGAUGAGGUCGCUUGCUGCUUGCUGCGAAACUAUCGGCCUCCCCAGCCUCUAAAGGGACGAGAAGUCAGAAGGAAUUGAAGGAGUAAAGCAAGAAUAGGCCACCUCUGACACCAAAGGCUGAAUUAAUUUUAAUAGUUAUAUACUUUGUGAUUUAUUUUUUUUUGUGAGUUGUUAUAACAAAUAGGUAUUGUUUAAUUGUUGGUUACUAUGCAGUCAUUUCUCACAGACAAGCAUGUCCUGAGUCUUUGUAGUUUCAUCAAUGAUGUCAGCAGGUCUGAAUGUGUUUGUGUGCAUGGGUAUGGGAGCAUAGAGGUGCCGGUGUUACAUGCGCAGAGGGUUAUCAUAAGGGUUAGAUGUGGUGAAGGAGUUGUGCAGAAUUUGGCACCAAAUUAGGAUGGCAUAUCACUAAGAGGAUCCCUCGUAUUAAAGCAUGUUCUGGGAUUAUUCUUGUGGUAUCUAACAUAACAUUUAGCUUCUCUGUAAGACUUUGUAUUGUAGUUCUCAUGAGAAAAACAUUUCAAGGCUGACGUAAUUUCAUUGCUGACUUCUGUGAUAUCAUACUAACCUUCCUACAAAAAGCAGCAGUGACUAACAGCAUUUAGGUAAAACAUAUCUAUAUGAUUCUUUUAUUCUGACUGCUUCAGAGCAGUUACGAUGUACUGAUCAAACAUCUUUUUUAAAAAAAGUUAGGAUUUUGUGUAUUGUGGGAUCAUGUCAGUUGGAUUAGGUAUUAGUGAAUUCUGCCACAUAUAGUGGUGAGUGUCCUUAACCUUGAAAAAUGCAAGGUGGAAGGUCACAGAAGGAUCUGUCAGUUCAUGCCUAAAUCCAGUCUGUUGCAUCUAUGAUGAACUAUAAGGGACUGUAGCAAUAUAUCCAUGUAGCAUCAAACUCCUACUACUUCAACGAGUACUCAGGAGACCGGGACAGCUCUUGCUUUAGACUGGUUCACACAAGACACCCCGAGUUGUGCUUGGAGCACAGCAUUGCUUGGGUACAUAACAUCUCCUAGGUACCUGCUGAAGUUCUGCUGACAUAGCAGAACUUGAGUGGUUGCAUUUCUAUUCCGAGACCAAAGAUAGCAUUUAGAGCAAGCCAAAGAAAUCAGAAUCAAGUCAAUAUCUAAUAAAAGAUGAGUCCAUAAUAGCAACUUGAAAUGUCUGUCAUUAUGGAUUGACUUGAGCCUGUGUUUCUCUCAGGAGCUUUUGUUAUUUGAAUGUAAUUAUUCGUUUCAAGCCAAACUUAUUUUUAUUAUUUUUAAUGAACUUGCUGUAGGAUGUAGCUUAGUAUAGGUAGAUUACCUUAAGACUGUGAUAAUUAAUGAAAAACAGUGGUACCUGAGAGAGGUGGAAGGUGGUUUCAUGGACAGGGACUGCCACUGGUCUCUGUAGUACCUCUGACCUCAUCUUCCAUGACUGCUCUCCAUGAAUUUGUUUGUUCAUAGGUUUUAUAUGCUGUGCCUCUUGCCUCAACAGGUCUUUUUAUCUUAGAUGGACAAAUAUGAUGGAAAUCACUAACAGAAUUGAUUUUAUAUACCUUCUUUUAACUGAAUAAAGUAGAUAGUCAUAGAUAUUUUAGCUUAGUUGAAGAUAGGUAGAUUUUUUUUUUGUCCUCUCCUCCCCAGACUACAGGUACUAUUGCUGCAAGGCCUCUCAGUGCCUUCUGAAUGUUUUCUGAAGGAAUGAACACAAAUAGACUAUGGGAAAAAUAAAAGGGCAUUUGGCAGCAACAGGUACAAGUAUUAAACAAAAGGGAAAAAACCUGCCAGCACUUUUUGUUUCCUGGCAUGGGGAGAAGAAAGCAGCUGAAAGGACCCAGGCUGCUUCUUUCUGAAUAAGGACGUCUGCAAGGUGUGAAUGGAGAGAGCACGAGUGUGUUGUGUGUUUUCACACCCUUUUUUAGAUUUAGUGUUGGAUCUGAUAUAUUUUGGCCAAUCAUGUAAGUAGCUGCAGAAAAUGAAUAAUUGUUUAUAAAUUGCAUGAAGGUUAUAAAAUUUUUUUGCCUGAGAAGAGAACGUAAUAAGGCUACUGCUUCAUAUCAGAAACAAAACUUUUACGUGUUUUUUACGUAUUGAAAAAACAGUGGAGUUGAUCCAGUGGUUGGUAUUUAUGAGGAUUUUAUCAAAUAAAAAAAAUGGAUUUUA